AUGCGGAUGCGGCAGCGCGACCGGAAGAUGGAGGCCGGCUACGUCCCCGACGACGCUGAAAAGGCGGCCCCGGCCGCCGCGGCCGCGGCGGCGAAAGCCGCGGCGCCCGCGGCGCCGGAGGUGGAGACGGUGCAGGACGGCGCCAAACACAUCGCCGAACGCUUGAAGUCCAUCCACGACCGUGAAGGUCAACACGGCAAGGAAAGUCUGCGCAAAGCGGUUGUGAAGGUGGUGACGUGCGGAAGGGAGAAUUACUACACCUUCAAACCUGAAGAGGUGAUUAACGACCUGAAGCGACGAGGACUCCUUGACGAUGCCCUGUCCAAGGAGUUUCUGGGUCUGCUGGCGGAUGCAGCCGCGGCGACGCCGGCUGCCCCGGUGCCUUUGGAGAAAUGGCUGGAGACGGCCAAGAAGGUGAGCACUUUGCAGCGCAAAGACGAUUUGCCCUUCAAGGAUGUGGAAGCUGCCUAUUUGGGCUUCUUGGAUGGUCGCACAUUGGCCCUGAGCGAGGCCGAAUUGGAGGCUGCUGAGGCGCAAUUGGAAGCAGCGCUGGAGGCGCAGCAGCAGGCCACCGCGCGCUAUGAGGAGGCCUGGGCCCGAAGUGGCCUGGACCAGGCCGCCAUGGAAGCCACGGAGAAGGCUGAGUUCAAUCUCAGCAUGGAAGAGGCAGAGCAUUUCGAUGCGGAGCACAGCCACGACAAGUUCGAAAGCCACGGCACCAAGAACGCGGGCGCACUCCCAGACAAGGUGGUGUCUCGCGAUCGUUGGCUGGCGGCCCGCAACUCGGAAGAACGCGCCCGCGAGGCGCAGAAGAAGCAGCGCGAAGUGGGACGCAGCAACGCGCGCGAUGCCAAGCAGGAAGCCGCUGUGCCGGUCUGA